AUGGCAGACUCAGCUUACUCGACUAAUGUCUCUUCUCCUGACACGCCGAAAGUGGUAACUAUUCGCUCUGCAACCACUGACCAAGACAUGCUGAACAGCCAUAUUGAGACCAUGACCAUGAAAGAGCGGCAGAACCUUACCACUGGAUCAAAAGUUGUGGUUACCAUCUACGACCAAGAAACCCGAACCCAACACCAGUCGCAGCCAAUCCCACUGAAGGUCCUCAAAGCGGCCUUCAAUGCCGUUGACAGCCACCUCAAAACCCUUGAGGCACAGGGUAAAGACCUAAGCAAGUUGGACAACGUUAUCGUUGAAGUUCCUUGUCACAAGAGCUUCUUUGCCAUUAUGGCCUACCUGAAGUUUAGCAUCAUCGAUGCGAAGGGCGCACUUAGUGACAUGAGAGCCUUGCCGAACGACGAGAUGUCACUCAUAGGAUACAUGCACAUCGGAGAGGUCGCUGUGGCCCUUGGUUUUCGCCAUGUAUUGGAUCAAAUGAAAGAGAAGAUUCUACGUACAUUCUAUCGAGGCCCAGGCCAUAGAUACCGCCUCCCAAUCCAGGCUGUCCGAGCACUUGCUGGAAACAACCAUUAUAGUCAGUUCAGCAACAUGGUUAGAGAUAAACUGGUGUCCUCAGCUGCUCAGGCAUGUCUGGAACAUGACUUGAUCAACAAACACGGGGUGGAAGAUAUCAUGGAGGAACUACCACGAUUCGGAGAUCGAGUGUACGCCGAACACGAGCGAUUGUGCUAG